AUGGAAAGGGAAGAAAAUGAAAUAAGAAAUGAAGCCGAUGAUCUUUCAGGAUCUGAAGGUGAAGGUGAUGAUUUGCGUAAUGAUUCAGUCACAGAUUCUUCCGAAGAAGAUGAUGAUGACGACAAUGAAGAAGAAAUUCAAAAAGUACGAGCUGGUUUCAUUGUCGAUGAUGAUGAGGAAGAAAUAGAAACUAAAAAGAGAAGAAGACACAAGAAAAGAAGAAGAGAACCAGAAACUGAAGGUGAUAGAGAAGAAACUAAUGAUGCGUUAGACGAGGAUGAUUUAGAAUUACUUUUAGAAAACUCUGGGAUAAAACCAUCAAAUCAAGGCAAUAAAUUUAAGCGUUUGAAAAGACGAACAGAUAAUGAUGAAGAUAUUGAAGAUGAAGAUGCUAGUUCUCGAGAACAAGAACGUCAAAGAAAAGUUAGACAAGGAGUAGAUGACAUUUUUGCGGAUGAAGAGGCAGAUGAUUUGGGAGAAGAUGAUUUACAAGAUAGGGAUCUUGGAAAUAGACAAUCAAGUCAUCGUGACGUUGUUGACGAAGAAGACGUGGAUGAUUUUAUUGAAGAUGAUGAAUUUUCUGAUGAUGACGAAGAAACAAAAAGAGCACGUCAAGAAGAACGUCAAAGAUUGAAGAAAAGAAAAUCAGGGAUUGACUCUAGAUUAUCAAAUGUUGAUAGAAAAAGUUUACAAGAAUUAUUUGAAGCUUUUGGUGAUGGUAAUGAAUAUGAAUGGGCUUUAGAAGCACAAGAAUUGGAAGAUGCUGGUGCUGGUAAUGAUGAACCAACUACGUUAGAUGAAGUGUUUGAACAUUCAGAGUUGAAAGAUAGGAUGUUGACAGAAGAAGAUAACAUGAUUCGUAUUAUUGAUAUACCCGAAAGAUAUCAAAGAUUCCGUGCAGCUUUAGAUUAUAUUGAUCUUGAUGAUGAAGAAUUGGAUUUAGAAAAACAAUGGGUUGCAAAUAUAAUGUUGGGUGAAAGACCUGGUAUUUUAGGUACAUUUUUAGAAGAACCUUUUAAGGAAUGUGUUGGUAAAGUUGUUGAAUUUGUAUCAAGGGAUUCUUUAGAAGUUCCAUUUAUUUGGUCUCAUCGUCGUGAUAAUUUGUUGUAUUCCCAUAUAGUUGAUAAUGCAGAAGGUGGUGUAAGUAGUAGUGUGCAUAAAUUAUUAUUUGAAGAUGAUUUAUGGAGAAUUGUGAAAUUAGAUAUUGAAUAUCAUUCACUUUAUGAAAAAAGAUUAAAUAUAGAGAAAUUAAUUCAAGCUUUAGAUUUACAUGAUGAUUUAACAAUGGAUAUAAAGUCAUUGAACACUAUGGUUGCAGUUCAAGAUAUUCAUGAUUACAUUCAAUUUACAUACGCUCAACAAAUUCGAGAAUUAAGUAACAAAGAAUCUGAUUCUAAUGAAGAAGAAAAUUCCAAAGUCAAAGGUAAAAAACAUUCAAAAUAUGCACUUUAUGAUAGAAUCAAAUCAAAUAUUUUGUAUGAUGGGGUCAGAGAAUAUGGUAUUACAGCAAAACAAUUUGGUGAAAAUGUUCAAGAUCAAAGUUUUAACAAUUUCCAAGCAUCAUAUAGAAUCCAUGCCACUGAUGAUUCCACAGAAUCACCUGAAUUUAUCAUUGAUAGACUAGUUGAUGAUGCAGAUGUAUUGUUUAAAGAGGAAAAAACAGCAAGAGAUGCAAUUAGACGUACUUUUGCUGAAGAAAUUUUUCAUAAUCCAAAACUCAGACAUGAAGUUAGAAACACAUACAAAUCAGUUGGUUCAAUAAGUGUAGCGUUAACUGAAAAAGGUAAAACUGCAAUAGAUCAUUAUAGUCCUUUUGCCGAUAUUAAAUAUGCGAUUAAUAGAUCACCAGCUGAACUUGUUCAAAAACCAGAUGUAUUCUUAAGAAUGCUAGAAGCAGAAAGACUCGGUUUAGCAAUUAUUAAAGUUGAAACAAGAGAUUUCGAAAGUUGGUUCCAGGCUAUUUUUAAUUGUUUAAAAUCAGAUGGUUUAUCAGAAAAUUCAGACAAAUGGAAUAAAGAAAGAGAACUUGUUUUAAGGAUAGCAUUUCAAAAAUUAUGUGCAAUGGUUUCUCAAAAUACAAAAGAAGAUUUAAGGCGUGAAUGUGAAAGAUUAAUAGCACUGGAAGUUAGAGCUAAAAUAUUGAGUAAAAUUGAUCAAGCUCCUUUUACACCAUUUGGAUAUGAUAAAGGUACUAAACCGAACGUAUUGGCUUUGACUUUUGGUAAAGGUGAUCAGUUUGAUGCCGUUGUUGGUGCAUUUGUUAAAGACAAUGGUAAAGCUCAAGCUUUCUUCAAAUCUGAGUUUAAUCCAAUUCGAGAUUCUGAAAGUGCUGAAAGUUUUAUGGGUGAAUUAAAAGAAUUUUUUGAUCAUAAUUUACAUGCCGAUAAAGCAGAUGUUAUUACCAUUUCAGGAUUUAAUAUUAACAGUAAAAGAUUGUUUGAUACAGUAAAGAAAUUCGUUGAAGAAAAUGGAAUAACUGCGAAUACACACGACUUAAAUGUUGAACAUCCACCACUUGUGAAUGUUAUUUGGGGUCAAGAUGAAACUGCAAGAUUAUAUCAAAAUUCAAGUGCUGCUAAAAUUGAUUAUCCAGACAAGGCAACAAUUGUAAAGUAUGUUAUUGGAGUAGCUCAUUAUAUACAAAACCCGAUUUUGGAGUAUGUUUCAUUAGGUGAUGAUAUUCUAUCACUAACAUUUCACGAACAUCAAAAACUUAUACCAAUUGAUUUGGUCAAAGAAGCAUUAGAAUCUGCAUUUGUUGAUAUUAUAAAUAUGACUGGUGUUGAGAUUAAUGUUGCAGUUCGUGAUCCUAAUGUUGCUAAAUUAUUACCUUUCAUUGCUGGAUUGGGUCCACGUAAAGCAUCAGGAUUAGUAAGAAAUAUUGUUAAUAACUUAAACUCCACGCUCGCCACAAGAAGUGAUUUAGUUGUUCUGGAUUUAACACCUGGAACUAUAUUUAUGAAUUGUGCAUCAUUUUUCAAUAUUCCUGCUGAUGAUGCUGCUAAUGUAAGCUCACAAUCAAUCGAACUUUUAGACGCAACUAGAAUCCAUCCAGAAGACUAUGAAUUAGCUAGAAAAGUCGCAGCGGAUGCAAUAGAAUUAGAUGAAGAAGAUAUUCAAGAUAUGGAGGAAAAAGGCGGUGUUGUUCAACAAUUAUAUAGAGAAGGUGUUGAAAAAGUUGAUGAUUUAAAUCUUAUUGAUUUUGGUAGACAAAUUGAAAAUAAAAUGGGUAAAAAGAAAUUUGCAACUUUACAAAUGAUCAAAGAAGAAUUAGUCAAUAACUAUAUUGAUAUAAGAAGACAUUUCAAAAUUUUGGAUAAUCAAGAAUAUUUCCAUAUGUUAACAGGUGAAACAAAAGAAACUUUCGGUGUUGGAGCUGUUGUUCCAGUUACUAUAGUCAAAGUUGGUAAAAACUUCCAUGACCCACAAGCAAGAAUUAAAUGGGCUAAAGUUGUAACUUCAUCAUUAAUACAAGGUAAUGUUGAAGAAGAUAGAAUACCAAGAGAUCAGGAUUUACAACAAGGUCAAGUUGUCCAAGCUGUCGUAUUAGAAUUUUAUUAUGAUACUUUGGGUGCCGUUAUGAGUUUAUUAAAAGAAGAUAUAAGAAGAGCAUCGAUACCCAAAUUUAGAAAAGAAGGUGGUAAAUGGGACUUAAGAGCUGAGGAAGAAGAUUGGAUGAAGGAAAGGGCGAAAGAAAAAGCUAAACAAGCAAACAUUAGAAAUAUUCAACAUCCAUUGUACCGUAAUUUCAAUUACAAACAAGCCGAAGAAUAUUUAGCACCACAAAAUUUAGGGGACUGUAUAAUUCGUCCAUCAUCAAAAGGUCCAAAUUUUUUAACUAUAACUUGGAAGGUUGGUACAAACUUAUUUCAACAUUUAUCAAUUGAAGAAAAAACCAAAGGAAGAUUUAAGGAAUAUUAUGUUGAUGGUAAAAAAUAUCAAGAUUUAGAUCAAUUAAUUUUCCAACAUAUUCAAACAAUGUCCAAAAAUGUCGACAAUAUGGUUCGUCAUACUAAGUUUAAAGAUGGUAGUAUAUCAGAGGUUAACGAAUGGUUAGAAUCUUAUACAAAGGCAAACCCAAAAAAUUCUGCAUACGUAUUCUGUUACGAUCAUAGAAAUCCUGGUAAUUUCUUGUUGUUAUUUAAAGUUAAUGUCAAAACUCCAAUUACAACAUGGCAUGUUAAAACUGAACCAGAAGGUUACUCGUUAAGAAACUUCCAUUAUAAUAAUAUGAUGCAAUUAUGUAAUGGUUUCAAACAAGUUUACAAAUCAGAACAACAAAGACAAAUGCCAACUCAAAAUCGUACUUACAACAGCUACAACUACUAA